AAAUGGACAACAUUCAAGGACCAGGUACACAACCGACGGAGCAUGGGCGAGGAGCUCUUCCCUCUAUCCCAACCAUCAUAGCUGACCCAUCUAUUCACCAUUCACCAGUUGCAUCCCAAGUGACUCAAACCAAUCGCCGUAUGGCUCAGAGAAGCCAGGACCGGAUUCCGCUUCAGUCACUCGUGUCUCCUGUGGAUGAUACUCUCGAGAGAGAUCAGAACAGGACCAUGGGAGCCAGGUCCAACCCUUGUACAAGGGUCAAAACGGUUCCGGUGAAUCCAGAUGUUGAGUAUGCUGUAGUAAACAAAAAGUCGCGAUCAGGAAAAUACCGGGCAGACAAGCACACACUAGAUCUAGAUAUCUCUUCGGCGUCGGUAAGUAGUAUUAAUAUUACUACCUAAUGAAACCUGGCAAUAAUCUUUCUUUUGUAA